AUGUUCCAAGCUCCUACCCGGACAGCCCGCCUGAGGUUAAACCCGGGCAGUCUCUCCAGGUGGACGCCACCUCUGCCAGUCCCGCUGACGUUGUUCCAUAUAAAGGUGGCCGGCAAGCUGUGGGGUCCAACGUCCGCCUGUGGGACUUUGCCCCACAGGCAUCACACUAGGUUGGCAAUUGCCGGGAUGCAGGCGGGACGAGUAACCCUUACUCCCAUCAUGCGCCCCAAGCAGUCUCCCUCCCAAUGGGAACCACAGCCUGUCUCACUUGCUGGCAUCCGUUCUAUCCGUGGCCGAGCGAGCGUUCCUCUGCCUAAGCGACCAUCGCCUCGAAACUCCAGGCAAAUUUUGAUUUGUUCCGAGCCCGUGUUGAGCACACUCUAUUUUGCAUUUAUGUUGGGCGUUCGAGCACUCGGACUUCUUCAAGAAUGGGGAUGUUGUCGGCGAUGUAUGCUGAUCUUCAUGGGAGAACGGUCGGAUUUGCUGUACGGAGAUAUGACAGUUAUUGAUGACGCCUUGAAAUCGGCUGCAACCAAGAUCAAGGAUGAAUCAGAGCCAGAAAAUGGCGUGUCUGCACAGGUUUCAGAAUGCGAGCAGAAGGAGGAGGAGGAGCCAUCACUGCAGGAAGACUCUGAGGCUUCAGGGAACCAAGAACGCAAGGUCAGAGUGACCUUAGAAGACACUAAUUAUGACCACUUGGCCAAGAAGCAGCGCUGUGCUGUUUGUAUUACGUGCCUCGGGCUUUUGCAGUGGGGCUGCUCUUCAGAUGCUGUAAAGUUGCUGAGUGAUGCAAUAUCAUCAAGAGGGAAUGAUGGAGAUGCCUUUGCACUUGCACUGUCAUUUCCAAUGUGCCUUAGUCUGAGAGUGCACAGAGUGUGGACGCUUCUGUUGCAAGCACUGCCCAAGUUCCCAGAAAAGGGAAGGAUAGAUCAUGUUGGUACAAUAAAAGAAGUUUGGAAGAAUUUAGUUGGACCAGAAAUUGAAGUUUCCAUCAAAAGGAAAUUUGUUACAAAGAAAUAUCUUGAUUUUAUACUGAAUGUUAACUCUACUCAUAGUAGAGACAUGGUUGAAUGUGAGAUAAUGGAAAAACUGUGCACAGCAAUGUUCACAGUACGUCGUCAGCAACAUAGGAAGUACUCCAAUACAGUCUUUACAAAACAGGCCAUAGACACGGCUAUUAAGAAAGUUAGUGAUGAGGAAUUUUUGAAAGCAUGUCCAGAGCCUCCAUGUGUUCCUGAUGAGGCAAUUGUCUUCCAGUCUCUUCAGUGCCAACAGACUUCUAUAUUUAUGGCAGGAAGGUACAAUAAAUACAGCCGAGAGUUACCACAGACUCCCUGGUUAGUUGAAGGAGAACGCAAGAUGGAAACAAGUGUACAGGAGCUCAUAUGUGAAUCUUUGAUUGGAGCUGUGAAGGCAGAUGAUGUGAAGUUUUCUUCAUCUGGGCGUGAAGAUGUGGAUGUGCGUUGUCUAGGGACUGGGCGACCCUUUGUGGUGGAGUUCCUCAACCCAUGUCGCACAAAGUUCACUAGGUCUGAAAUGAAGGAACUUCAAGCAGCUAUUAAUAGUAGCACCAAGUUGGUGGCCCUUAGAGACCUGCAGGUUGUUGACAGGGAAAAACUGUGCACAGCAAUGUUCACAGUACGUCGUCAGCAACAUAGGAAGUACUCCAAUACAGUCUUUACAAAACAGGCCAUAGACACGGCUAUUAAGAAAGUUAGUGAUGAGGAAUUUUUGAAAGCAUGUCCAGAGCCUCCAUGUGUUCCUGAUGAGGCAAUUGUCUUCCAGUCUCUUCAGUGCCAACAGACUUCUAUAUUUAUGGCAGGAAGGUACAAUAAAUACAGCCGAGAGUUACCACAGACUCCCUGGUUAGUUGAAGGAGAACGCAAGAUGGAAACAAGUGUACAGGAGCUCAUAUGUGAAUCUUUGAUUGGAGCUGUGAAGGCAGAUGAUGUGAAGUUCUCUUCAUCUGGGCGUGAAGAUGUGGAUGUGCGUUGUCUAGGGACUGGGCGACCCUUUGUGGUGGAGUUCCUCAACCCAUGUCGCACAAAGUUCACUAGGUCUGAAAUGAAGGAACUUCAAGCAGCUAUUAAUAGUAGCACCAAGUUGGUGGCCCUUAGAGACCUGCAGGUUGUUGACAGAAAGGAUGUGAAAGUUUUGAAAGAGGGUGAAGAAGAGAAAACAAAGGCUUACUGUGCACUCUGUUUAGCAAGAGAUGGCUACGACCCCAAGGUUCUUGACAGAUUGUCUGGAAUGACGGAAUUGACUCUCCAUCAGAAGACUCCAAUUCGCGUUCUCCAUAGACGAUGUUUAGCAACAAGGCAGAAGAUCAUUCACAAAAUGCUUGCAUCACGUGUUGAUGAUUAUUUCUUCAAGCUUCAUCUUACUACUCAAGCUGGAACAUACAUAAAAGAAUUUGUACAUGGAGAUUUAGGACGCACAACACCCAAUUUAGGAUCAUUAUUAGGCCUGGAAGUGGAUAUAAUUGCCCUAGAUGUGGAGAAUGUUGCUUUGGAUUGGCCUCCAAGAUGUGAUGAUUGAUGAUUGUCCUUUUGUAUAGAACAGAAAAUUAAAGUGUUCCUUAAACAAAA